AUAACUUUUCUUCUUCUUGUUCAUCUUCUUCUUCUUGGAUGGGCUUCUUCAGCUCUCCCUUUUUGACGAGUCUCCUUUGAAUCUGUUGUCGAGAAAGUAGUGUUCUUUUCUUUGCUGGAAUUGCAAGUGUGGAACAGUAAAGAAUGGUGGACAGAUAUGUUUGACUGUUUCCACCUUUUCUAACUUUCUCCUAUUAUGGUUUACAGCAAAUGUUUGAUUCUUUUUUCUUCUUUUUUUUCCAAUUCAUACAGUAAGUUUUAUCCCUGUCAAGCCUCAUGUAAAUUAAGCUGAUUACUCCAAUUAUAAAGUGUAAACAAAAAAAACAGAGAAAACAACACUGAGUAAAAGGAUGCACCUAACUCUGAAGUCCUUAGAAACAACCAAUAAUUUAGCUUUAAUUAUAUAAGAAGGUUGAUUGGAAGUGAGACACGUCUCUUGUAUGUGCAGGAAUUCCAUGCAGGGCAGGAUCAUUCUUUAUUGUUGUUGAACUAGCAUGUUAAGAAAACUCACUGAAGUGGAUAAUGUCCUCCUAGAGUAAUUGCUGGUUUAAUAUGAAAUGAAUGCCAUUUUGACUGGCUUGGCGUGGGUUUAUAUGGCUUAAGAUUUCUUAGGUGUUUUCUCUUUCUUGCUGACUUUGGAAGAUAAUUAAUAGCAUGUAAUUUUUUUUUCCACUUCGUAUGAAGGUCUCAUCAUUUCGGGAGAGCAGAUCUGAUGAUAAGCGGUUUUACAUAUUUACGCCUACUAAGACUCUUCAUCUAAGGACAAACUCGAGAAGAGAAAGAGGAGCUUGGAUUGAAGCCUUGGUUUCAACAAGAAAUGUCUUCAUGCUUAGACACUCAAAUGAUAGUCUCCCCAUUUUACCCAGGAGUGUAUCUGUAUCCACUGACAAGCUGAAGAAGCGUUUGCUUGAUGAGGGAAUCGGCGAGGGCCUAGUCAAGGACUGUGAACAGAUAAUGCUUUCCGAAUUUUCAGAAAUGCAAGGUCAACUUCAAUAUCUUUGCGAUGAGCGCUCAAGUUUGUUAGAAACCAUACAUCAGUUAGAGGCUACCAAUAUUGAAACUGAGGAUGCUGGAGUUCCUGAGGGUGAAUAUCCAAAUUUAGGACGUGGAAAGUAUAGCGAAUGGAGCACUACUGAAUCCUCCGAUGGUGUUGAGAAACAAGAGCUUGAGGAAGCAUCAGAUGAAGAGGAAACUAGAUUUUUUGACACAAAUGAUUGCUUUCCUGAUCCGCCUGUCAGUUGCGCGCCAACAGUAGGAGAUCAAAUUGGUCAAGACAUGGGGCUUGAGAAACCAUUUAAUGAUAUGGUGCAAAGGAGUGCUGAUAAUGAUGCUUCCAUGUGCACACAUGUAGAAAGGCGAACGAGACUACCUGAUCCAAUUGAAAAGGAGAAAGGAGUUAGUUUAUGGUCUAUGAUCAAAGACAAUGUUGGAAAAGAUCUCACACGAGUUUGUCUUCCAGUGUACUUUAACGAACCCUUAUCAUCCCUUCAGAGAAGCUUUGAAGAUUUGGAGUACUCCUAUCUUUUAGAUAGGGCAUACAAGCAUGGGAAAGAGGGUAAUGCUCUACAAAGGAUUUUGAACGUUGCUGCUUUCGCUGUGUCUGGAUAUGCAUCGACCGAAGGUCGACACUGCAAACCCUUCAAUCCUCUGUUGGGAGAAACCUAUGAAGCUGAUUAUCCAGAGAAAGGAAUCAAAUUCUUCUCCGAAAAGGUUAGUCACCACCCAACACUUAUUGCCUGUCAUUGUGAAGGUAGAGGCUGGAAAUUCUGGGGUGAUAGUAACCUAAAAUCUAAAUUUUGGGGGACAUCAAUUCAAGUCGAUCCAGUUGGAACUCUAACAUUAGAAUUCGACGAUGGGGAGAUUUUCCAGUGGAACAAGGUCACAACCAGCAUAUAUAAUCUAAUUCUUGGGAAGAUAUACUGUGACCAUCACGGAAUGAUGCAUAUUCGUGGCAAUCGCCAGCACUCAUGUAAACUGAAAUUCAAAGAGCAAUCUCUUCUUGACCGCAACCCCCACCAGGUCCACGGAUUCGUUGAAGAUGUCGCGGGCCAUAAGGUAGCUACAGUGUUUGGGAAGUGGGACGAAAACAUGUAUUACGUAAACGGAGAAUGCAGCAGCAGACCAAAAGAUUUGUCUGCUUCAUCCUUGUUGUGGAAAAGUAAUAAACCUCCACAGAAUCUCACCAGAUACAAUAUGACUUCUUUUGCGAUCACUCUCAACGAGUUAACUCCAGGACUGAAGGAAAAACUCCCUCCUACUGAUUCAAGACUUCGGCCUGAUCAGCGUUCUCUGGAGAAUGGGGAAUAUGACAAGGCAAAUGCAGAGAAACUGCGGUUAGAGACACGCCAGAGAAUGUCAAGAAAACUGCAGGAAAACGGAUGGAAGCCGAGGUGGUUCCAAAGAGAAGGAGAAGAUGGUACUUUCACUUACACAGGUGGAUACUGGGAAACGCGUGAGGUUGGGGAAUGGGACGGAUGUCCCAACAUAUUUGGGGAAAUCCACGAAGAUACCGCACUUUUGUAGCCUUGAAUCUUUCCCCCCCUUGCCAAACGCGCCCCUAUCUUCGCCAUCCUCCUACUAACAUUACCAAAAUGCCCUCAGGUUCGUAUGUCGUUGCACAUUUUAGCGCAGGGUCGUUGACAACAUGUCAGCUGUGAACAACAAAUAGGGGCAAUGUUUUUUUUGCUGGAUUUCAUGGCCCUCUGUUUUCUGGGCUAUAUAUAUAGAUUCUCAUAUUUGUCUUUUAGGAAAUUUUGUGUAUUCUCUUUAAUUCAAAUAAUAAAUAAAAAUCGAAUUG